UUUGGUGGUGCGAAGAGGAAGAUAUCUAGAAGCAGAAAUUUUGUGUAGUGACACCUGGAUUAGCAACCGAAAAUGCCGGAAGGAUCAGAACAAGAACUAGAAAAUAUGAUACAAGUAGAUAAGGAGAUGAUGCUUUUUGCGUUACAAUCCACGCUAGAAAAUGCAGAAGAUGAGACCAUCAGGAAAGAAGAAUAUCACUUUAAGUUGGUGACUUAUACAGGUUUUGAACAACAGUAUGGGUGUUUGACUGAUGUCACGUUGACACCGGAUCUCACUGAGAUGGCGAUGGGAAAGUUAACAGCAUGUUUUGAAGCUGUAGAAGAGGGAUUGAUGACCGAAGAUGACUAUUUUUUCGAGCUCAUAUCACCUUUCUUCUUUUACACCUCAGGAAAAUACAAUCAAACAGACCAACUUCUGACGACAAUGUCAGCUUUGUCAAAGAUAUCCAACUUUCAGGACGAAGAAAAUGUGGAAGAAAACAUUUUUAUUGCAUUUCCGGUGUUGAGUGGACCUUGCGAUCUCGAGACAUCAUUGAUCAAGGAAAGGUCUACUUCCAAAGAUCCGAUCUACCAAAAGACGAGAAUCCGUGAUAAAAAAAUCGAUUUCACUUCAAAAGAGAUGAUACAAGUCGAACUGAAUCAGCUUCACCACGUCUUUGGGAAGCGCUCAGUUGGCGGAAAUACGAUAUACAUUUGGAUGGUCUGUAUGCUAUUGUAUAUCCGGAUUUUUUUUACCAAAGUACUCAAGAAAAACAGAUCCAUUCGCAGCCAAAUACUACAGUCUUCAGCUGGAAGGGAAAGAUAUGCCAUUUUACGUGGAUGGAGAUUUUUUCUCGGAUGGGCUGAUGUCAACAGAUCAGGUCGAAAGAUUCAACGUGGAAUUUGUUGAAAAUGAUCAAGAAAUGUCAAUAGAAAUUAAUAUUGCGCAGGUUUCCGUUGAAGACCAGGGGACAUACAUUGCUAUACUCAUUGUCAAGGGGGAUACGACGGAGUCUCAUGUCAUGAAAAGAGCUGUCAUGAUAGUAAUUCCGCCAGGCCCAGCGAUCUGUUUCUUAAUGCCAAGUGAAAUUUAUCCUGAUAGACAUGAGAUACACUGUCACUCUGAACGUGGAAGUGGCAACUCGACACUCACUUGCUUUCAGGAAAAGGACAAGAUACCAUAUUUUCAGAUUGGGAAAGAUCAGAGUGAUUCGCAGGUGGUUUACAGACGGCGAUUCUGGAUCCUGAAUAUAAAUGUCACAGUGUAUUGUUGUUCUCAUGAUAUUAAAGAAAUUGAGAAUAUUAAGCAAAAGUCAUGUAACCAAUUCAUAUUCCCCCCAGGACCGGAACCAGAACCAGAGAUCAGUACAACCUUUAAGCCUUACACACCGACUGAAAUUGCACCAAUUACAAAACCUUUUUACAUGGAAGAAAAUAACAAUCCUUCCUCUGAAGUUUAUUCUAUUUCUGGAAGUGAUCGAAAUAUUGACAAGUCCUCUUUAAUCAUAUCUCUAAUGUUUUCAAUCAUUUACCUUAUCAUGUAGUAAUUUCUAUUCAUAACUUACUGUAAGUUUCUUGCUAAGACACUAAAUUUCAUUUCUAGAGAUUGAACAGAAUUUCUCUUCGUUUCAAUCACAGGUGUAAAUUGAAUAAAAGUAUAAAUCAAACAUAAUUACACAUCAAGAACAGAUCAAAUUAUAAGAAUUGUACAAUAGCAUAUUUUUAUGAUCACAAAAGCUUCUACAGAACAAUGUCACCUCACCUGAGGGAACUUACUUAUCUGAAGCAGAGCUCAGCCCCAUGUUUGUAGAAGAUUUUCCUGCGAUUCGGUAUUUAUAAUUAAUUAUGUUUUCAUUUAUGGAAAAGAGAAAAAACAGUAUAGUUUUAUAUUCUACAUUAGUGUUGUUUCUAUCUCAAGUGAUCAAGGGGCAAUAUUCCGUUGCUAACAUAUCAAAUUUAGAAGCAAAUACCAUUUUUCUGAGAGUUCAAAAACCCUCAUUCUUGUUCUUAAAAACGGUGUGCUUCUGAGAGUUUAGGGAAACUGAUCUGAAAAUCACGGUUUCAAUUCACAGCAAAAACUGUGGUGUUAACCGGUGUACAUAGAGGACCACACCAGUUAUUUUACACCGGUGUUAAAUUGGUGGUGUUAGAUUUACACCUGUAGGUGUUAUGACAACACCUAUGGUUGUUACAUUUACACUCUUUGGUGUUAUGUUCAAUCUCUAGGGUGUUAUUUUAACACCUCAGGGUGUGGUCCUCUAUUAACACCAAUUGGUGUCAGUUUUAACACCACAGUUUUACAGUGAAACAUGGCGUAUGCAAUAUUUUUUCCUAACAUUAGAAACUAGUUCAACCUGGCCUUAUUAUAGAAUAACUCAUGUAAAUGGAGUGGCGUGUAUGGGUAACAUAUACUUAUUCAUGUAUUUUGUAUAGCUGAAAUCAUGUGUAAAAGAAAAUACGGAUACUUUUAUUUUCAAGGAAAGUGGUCCCUUUGCAUAUCCGAUUGGCGAUUCCUUGCCUUGUCUCACGGGACAUUUUUAAAAUAUCUUAGAUCUUUUUUAUAUUAAAUUAAAAGAUUAAUUUCCUGAUUGAUGGUGAUCCUCAAAAAAGUACCAGAAGGAGAACAAGAACCAAGACUUGACUGGAAUACUCAUGCCAAAAUAGUACCGUGCUGUACUGAACACGAACAU